GUUAUAGCUGAGAUGUUGUGUUUUGCAGAAGUUCCUCAUUUCCGUAUCGGAGGAUCUAUUCAUCUUAUUGUAAAUAACCAGCUUGGUUUUACCACCGAGUCUCACUAUGGCAGGUCUUCUCGGUACUGUUCUGAUGUGGCCAAAAUGAACUCGUACCCUGUGAUUCAUGUCAAUGCAGAUUAUCCAGAGGAGGUGGUGAAAGCUUCAACUUUGGCAGUAAAAUAUCAGCGAAAGUUCCGGAAGGACGUCUUCAUAGACCUAGUGUGUUUUCGGAAGUGGGGCCACAAUGAACUGGAUGAACCAUCCUUCACCCAGCCACUCAUGUACCGAGCGAUCAAAUCUAGAAGAAGCAUACCUGACAUAUACGCAGAUAACAUUGUUUCAGAUGGCCUUUGUUCCAAGUCGGAUCUUGAUCAGGUAGUACAGGAUUGGAGUACAACUUUGUCAAACGAUCUACAAAAGGUUGACACUUACGUUCCACAGGCAAGGCAUCUUCAUAAACAGUGGAGUGGUCUGGUCCAGGCCUCGGAUCACAUCACUCGCUGGGACACUGGUGUGCCUGUCGAUGUGCUCAAGUUUGUAGGAGCCAAGUCAGUGGAGAAACCUGAAGACUGGAAAGUCCAUCCUACUAUUGAGAAAACCCACAUAGAAAGACGUCAACACAGGCUUACACAGGGUACAGAUAUUGACUGGUCCACUGCAGAGGCACUGGCGAUUGGGUCACUGCUUUAUCAAGGUAAUGUGUUAGUUUUAUCAAUUAAAGGUCAAAGUAAUGCAUUCAUUUCAUUCUAAAUUAAUAUUUUUGAAAAUGAAAUAUUGUUUUAAUUACUGCUAAAAUCAAAAUAUUUCUCAACAGACCAUAGGAUUUCAAAUUUUAUGGGAAACAGCUUUUCGGUUCCGUGCCUUGUGAUCAUGGAAACCCAUUGGAAACUGUUUUUAGGUUCCGUGAAAACAAGUCAUGGGAACCCAUUUUUAAUACCAUUGAUUUAAAUUA